AUGCUGUCUAGAAUCUUCACCCCAGCUCUUCGCUCCGUCCGCAACGCCGGACAUCACGCUCCAGCCCCAAACAAUGGUGCUACCUUGCCAGAUAUGGCCAAGUGGAAGCCACAAACUCCAACCAGCUUCAUUCAUGAUGGUUACGCUAUGUCUGUAAGUUUUUUAUUAAAAUCUUGUUGUUUUAGGUAUUACGAAUCGUUUUAGAGCCAAAUUUCAAUUUUAAAAGUUGAUUACGUUUUUAACGUUGAAGAUAUGAUAAUAUGUUUAAAGUUAGACGUAUAAGCCGUAAAUUUAUUGCCAUUUUGCAUAAAAUAAUGAAGAAAUUUUGAAUUUUCACCAACAAAUACCUAAUCUUCUAUUAUAACAUACAUUAACAACUUUUUUAAUUCAAAAUGUUUUAGAAAGUUCCAUUCAACGUCAGAAACCACCGUUUGUUCAUGCUGAAGGCCACCCUUUUCUUGGCUGUAGGCUUCUGGGCUCCAUUCAUCGUCGUCGAGUACCAACUCCGCAAGGCCAACCAAUAG